UUUUCAUUCGAGAAAUUGGGAUCGAUCGGCUGAGAAUAUGUCUGCUAUUCUAAACCACGCAAUUCGUCGCCAAUUCGGCGCUACUGCGGCCCGGAACAUGUCUGGAACUGCUGCCGUGGCCGGCGAGCACUCGGGUGGCUACAAGGUCUGGAAGCGUCUCUCCUUCUUCGUGGCCGUUCCGGCCGUUGGCCUGUGCAUGCUCAAUGCCUAUCUGAAGCACCAGGAGGAGCACGACCAUCCUCGCCAGGAGUUCGUCAAGUACGACUACUUGCGUCGUCGCGAGAAGCGUUUCCCCUGGGGCGAGGGCAACAAGAGCCUGUUCCACAACCCCCAUGUCAACCCCUUGCCCGAUGGCUAUGAGCACUAAGUGGACGCCCGCUUAGUCGCGAUUCCGUUGGGGGUGAAGUGAAGGAUGGACUUUUUUUGGGUUAUUGCUGGCCGGGCGCAUGCACACAUUCUGAUGCUGUGGGAGACUUGUAUUUAAUGUUAAUCUAAAUUGAACUCAAGGCGGAAAUACACACACACAUAAACACAAACAAGCUACCAAUACAAACACUGCGGUUGGAUCCUUGAAUAAAGAACUAAAACAACGUAACGCUCCUUCAGGCCAAAGUCGA